AAUCUGACCACGCUUUAUUAACACAUAUAGCGGCACUUGCAUUCUAAAUUCUCAUUUUUUUUACCUCAAGUUUUUUUUUGGACACCGAAAAUUCUUGCACUGCUUGCCCAAUUCCUUUUCUGCAUCUUCUCCAUCCGGCGAAACAAGCAUCAAGGACAAUAAGAUGAUGACGGAGCCGGCUAGCAGCAUCGGUGUGGUCUUGCGAAUGCCAAGACAGUACUCCAGCCUCCUGAGUCCAUUUUCUCUCCAAAAUCCCAGCAAGUGCAAGGACGAAUUCAAACAGCUGCCCAUGUCUGUCGCUCUCCUGCUGGUGGUUGAAAACACGGAAAACCCAGAAGAAAAUGUGGACUUUGCGGCGGGCAUGGAGUUUUUGAUCGACCAGCUGCUCGGAAUUGUUGAAAUAAGAGGAGUAGUUGGCGUUCGCUACAUCGACUAUCCAGACCACAAGGGGACGGUCAAAAUUGAGUACUUGGAGGAGGCCUUGCAGAUGUUUAUCUGCAAGGGACAUGGUCCUAACUUGCCCCUAACGAUUAAGUUCCUUGUACUGGCCAAGAAUGGCAAACGACCGGCUCCCUUCGAUCGCAACCGUGAACUUCAGCCGAGCCUUGAACGGCUUUUUGAGCUUAAUAAUGGGAAAAAUCCAAAAAUACACAAUUGCAGCAGAUAAUAGCUUGACCCCAAGCUUCAGGAGCUUCUGCAACAGGGACUUCCUACUUGCAGUUGGGAUUUGAAAAAUAAGGCAUUGGACACAAAGCUCAACGAACAUGGACACACAGAGGAGCUAGGCUGAAAUUGUAACAAUUAAACACAAAUUAAAUUUUUUUUAAAUUUAUCUUUUACAAGAGUGUUAUAAUAUUGGGACUUUUCUCCUGUAAAGUAGCCAAAUCAUUUAUUUUCUUCAAACAUCAGAUCACACCGACUUACGUUAGUGAAUAAUA